AGCCACCUAGCGGCCACACCUCCUGUAGACUUCGCUUACAAAAAUCAACCUUACUGCAUUUUGAAAGCUGGCGGAGCUAAAAAUAGAGUCGAUUCUCGGAAAAGGGGAGAGAACUGCUAGCGCGCGUUAAUUUUUUUGUACUACAAAUAUACAGAAGCUGCUAUUUCUACCGGUUAUAGUUCAUCUGUAACAGUGCCGACCAGAGAGAACAAAAAAUGACAAAGUCAGAUCUUCAAGCCAACAAAAGAGGCCGGCGUCCUGUUGAGCGCCAGAAGAUGCGUCCAUGGCUCAUUGAAUUACUUAACAAUAAUAAGACGGACGGACUGACCUGGGAGGACCGGGAACAGGGAACAUUUAGAAUCAACUGGAAGCAUGGGGCCCGGAAUGGCUGGAACAUCGAUAAAGAUGCCAAUGUGUUCGAACAGUAUGCCAUCCAUACAGGACGGUAUACUAAAGAUCAAAAUCCUAACCCUAAAAGAUGGAAGGCGAAUUUUCGGUGUGCGCUAAACAGUCUUGGUGACGUCAAAGAAAUAAAAACAGAAGGCACAACUAGAGGAAACAAUGCUUAUCGAUUGUUUGAAUUUCUGGAGGAGAAGAGGAAAACGAUUAAAAGAUCUAGACAGCAAAGCGUGGAUUCUGAUGAAGAUAGCGGUGUGGAAAGCCCCACGUCCCCAAAGAAACCACAAGGGUCCUAUAGUUUACGAUCCAGGCGAAGGAAGAAACAUUUUGUGAAAAAGGAAAUCGAAUCAUCUGAUUCUUCCGAUGCAGCAGUAGACAGUCCAAACGUCCAGCCUGAUGUGAAGGAUGUCAGCUUGCCUGUGCCGAGCAAAGACACUGAUGCCGCCAUUGAGGCCCGUGUGAAGACAGAAUAUGCAGAUGAAGAGCUGGGAAUUAUUUCAGGGACCUUGCCAAACCACUACUGUGGAUUUGUGAUGAUUCGUUAUGGAGAGAAAAUGGCUCCGUCUGAAUCUAAAGAUGAUAUCGGAGUAACCGUUUAUGAUAAGCAGAACGAGAGCAGCGAUGAUUCAGAUUCCGACGAAGAGAGUAAUGACACUGCCUUACCUAGCCUUUUCAAUUCCAACCCCUACACUCCGUCAACAUCCAGACAAAUAUCCGUCCCGGAAUACUCCAACUUGAUCACCACACCUGAAUGUCACAUGUCGGACUUAAAUGUCAUGUCCCAAACCAUUGAUUAUCAAGGCAAUCUGGUGAUAGCAGCCCAGGUAGAAAUUCCUGGGGAAUUGUCAGACCAAAAUCCUUCUCAGACUACGCAACUUCCUGUUCCGGUUAGAGAUUUGAUGUAUCAACAAUCCGGAUACAUAUCACAACCAUAAGAUGUCAAGUGAACUUGGCCGAGCUCUCACCAUCUGAUGUCGGGGACAAACUGGGACUUUGUCUCUCUGGAUAACCUAUUUCUGACUUCACGGAACGCCUAUACAUAUUAUAUAUAUACAUGUAUAUAUAUCAGUGAAAUUAUCUCUUGUCUAUCCACUAUUAAGUCUACUAUGCUCAAAACAAGUGAUUGUGAUUUGACGUGUAAAAAGUGAAAUUGAACUAAUUCUGACUUAUUUGUAAAAAAAAAAAAAAAAUCAAAAAAAAUCUGAUUUAGCCGAACUACAUAAUUUAUCUACAAUGGAUAUUUUCAUAACACUGAAGUGAAGUGGAUAAGUAUCUGGAAAGUGACUAAUUCUGACUUAAACAGCCGAUCUAAAGAAUUGACCUCACGUAUGUCCAUGCAAAUAUGUCAAACUUUAUCUCAUUUUCUUCACAAAAUUAGAUACAAAGAAAAACAUACAUAGUAACAACAAUCUACAAACAAACCAAAUUUGAUGUAUGUGGAGGACAGAUAAAGAAAUUUUUUGAAACGUUAUUUUCAUAAAUCUCUUAAAUUUUGACAUUUUUUGUGUUCAUUAUUUCUGAAAAUUUAAAAACAUUUGGCAAUUCGUAUACAUUUACAUACUUAUCCCGAGUAUAUAUAGUUUUCUUUCUGUAUUCAAAUAAGGACAUGUCAUCUAAUAGUGGAAUUCCGAUCGAUUUUAUGUGUAUUGCAAUAAUGACAAAUUCUAUAUUAUUAAAUAUUUUGUUAUCUCCUAGUUUCCACUAUAAAUUUAUGAUUGCAAGUUGUAAAUUUACACAAUAACAUUCCUACAUUAUUUUCUUAAAGAAUCCAAAGCGGAAUUCUUAUACUAUUAAGUCUCAUUUUCAUUUUAAACUUUAAUAGUCAAGAGAUCAUCCUCGAAACUGGUGGUUACGUUUGCUUUCGCUCUAGAUCUCUGUACCGAGUGAAAGUAAACGUUUGGUGUAUCGAGAAUGUGGAAUGGCAAGGGCCGGACUAAAAUAGGUCUAAAUAUGAUAUUUCCAAAGGCUUCUGAUCCAUGGUUUAUUAACCCUCACUGACACAAUAGUCAAGAUUUAACUUAAGUCAAAAUGCUAGUUUCUCCCUCCAAAACCUGAAUUCGCACAAUAAAAAAUACCCUUGGAUGUAUCGGGUGCUUUUUAACGGUGCUAUAUACAAAUAUCCCCGUAAUUUGCAGGUAAACAAAAUAUGAUGUCUUUGCAAUUCAGGAGAUAAAAUUUAUGCAAUAUGAAUUAUAUUUCAUGGUAUCCUCGUCUUAUAUGAUAAUGGAUAGCUUUCAAACUGAAAAUAAAUCGUAUCUAUACUGAUUUAUCGAAACGGAAAAAUUGGAUCCUAUAUUUUCAGUAAACCCGAUAUUUCAAAUCUAACGCAUCUGUUUAACGAUUCAUAAUAUGGUGGCAAUUCCCUUUUUUAACAAGUCAUUUCAGAGUGUGAUUUUUUGACUAAGAGAUACAUUGGUAUUCAACAUUUUCCGACCAUUUUCUUUGACACUGAAGUUGGUAUGCACACGAUAUGUCAAGUAGCGUUUCCCUGAACGGCAUUUUGAUUUAAUUUUUGAAAAACCAUUAUUUAUUUCUAGUACUUAAAUCUUGCCGAUUUCUUUUACGCUUGGUAGGCUUUAUAGAAUAAUGUAGUAAAUAUGCACCUCAUCAGUCCAUUGGACACGGAUAGCCGAUGGUUGUGAAUUCGAACCACUCCUUCACACACUACCUUUUCUCUUCACGAUUGACUAUGAUUGGGAUCAAUGUCAAAUUACUGUCAGGGGCUUGCUACAUUUUGUUGAAUCUAUUGUUAAAAUUCUAUACAUUGUAUAUAUAUAAAUAAAAAUAAAAAAGAUAAAGAAUUACCAAACUUUGUUUAUUCUCCUACUUUCUGAAAAUAGUCAUUAGAAAUUGUUAUAUAGUAAUUGGUUUCAAAUUCGAUGUUUUAUUUAUGCAUUCUGUGGAUUACGUUUAUUAAAAAAUGUAAAUAAAUUUCA